AAAAAAAUAGAGGGGAGCAUACUAGUAUUUUGCAACUAUUAAAGAAAAAACAACCGAAUUACCAAUGUUGCAAAUUAAUAUGAAUAUAACCUCCCAAACAAAAUGAACUACAGCCAGGGUUAUUGGGAGAGCGACUCCAUUUUAGUUGAAAGUACUAGUACAGGCUCGUCAUUAUUUGCGACCGAUGGUGGUUCUAGUGAUGUUUCGGACCGAGUCUCGAAUAUUGGAACCUUAUUCAAUCGGGUGGCUUUAACACCUAGGAUUGACGUGACUCCAGCAGAAGACUUAUCUAAUGAAGAAGAAAAUAAUAGUCAGAUUGACAAAGAAGAGGCUAACGAGCGGUUAGGUUUUGGAGUUGUACGAAAAAUGCAAAUCCACAAUAUGGUUUUGAAAAUUCAGACCAAUUGGAGACGUGAAAGAGCAAAUCCAUAUUUAGAAGUGCCUAACUUUACCAGAAGUGACAAAAGUUUAGCUGAAUUGCUAGCAAAUAAGAAUAGAAGUAUGGCAAAUGAUACUGACACUUUUGGUUAUUGGAGUUUAGAUACUAUCAAAGAAGGUAAUGUUAAUUUACGCUAUGAUUAUAGCUUGAGAAAUUUAGCAAGAACUAAAUCGAUUUCUAAUGUGAAAAUUAGUGAUGAAUUUCACAAAUCCGUCACAAAUGUUAUCAUUGCUCUGAAUAGGGACGGAGGAUUGUUGAAACUUAAGCCAUCAACAUCAUCUCCUUUAACUGCGACGAAAUUUCGAAACGACGCCUUUUCCUUUCAAAUUGACAUUUGGGAGCGCAUACCACGUCAAAUCAGGUAUAGCGAAAACUACCACACUGACCUUGAAAAAGGGUAUUCUAUUAGCGAUGACGGCUUAUUGAUUGAAUUUAUCGACAGAACCGGUGACAGAAGAAAGCGAUUCCAUGAUUGGUGGGGAAAACUAAAAAUUAUAUUUAGACACAAAUCCUUAUUACAAGAAAACGAGCGUGUUGAUGAAGAGCUCAAACGACUUGCUAAGGACUGUUUGUUGAUGGAGUACGAGAAACUCCAAAGAUUAGUGUAAACAAUAUAUACCCAACAAUUAAUUGUUGCAAAUUGUAACUGAGAAUCGUAUGAGUAUUUAGUUAAGCGAGCGAAAAAUUACAUGGGUGGGUAAAAAAGGAGAUAAAUAAUCUAUGAAAUUAAGUAAUUAUGAGAGAAUAAAUU